AAGACAUUUUUUAGUUAUUUUGCUUCAAGAGAAGGCAAAAAGAAGCCAGCUGCCCCCAAACCAGCCGAGAAACAGAGCAAAGACGAGCACAAAGAGGAGGAGAAAGGCAAGAAAGGAGGUCGUGGUGGCGGCAAAAAAGCAGGAUCUCGUCAAGGACGAAUCCCGUGGUAUGUAUGUAUUCUACCAAACAAACCAGAAAGCGAACAAAUCAGAAAGCGAGAGGUUACGCACAAGUUCUGUACAAGAAAUGACGUUUGUUUUUCCCGCUAUAAUAAUUCGGCAGUAAGAAAGGUUUCUACAGCGCAUGCGUAGUUUACACAGUCUUACGUUUAUGACGUCAUAUGAACGUGGUUUGGCCUCAUUCUCAUGCUAAGUUCGCCAUAAUACGAUGGAAGCAUGGGGCGAGGUUUACCAUCCGCUCGCGCGUCUAAGACGUCACAAUCCACGCAUCAUGACGACGAAGCCAAGAGUUCGGCGCCACUGCAUAAACCUCCACCAUUCAUGGCUACGAUAAGUGGCACCCUCGCUUAUCUUGCAAUUACCGUGUUGUUUUUAUCCCAUAACUCUCUGGCCCAGGCCGGUUCUGAGUGCCAUAAACAAGAAGAAUGCGAAGGUUGCACUCAAAGUUACGGUUGUUACUGGUGUGUCACAAACAGCAAAUGUAUGCAGUGGCCAGGAGUAGGGAACCCGGAUGUCGACUCGUGUGAAGAGUACCACAGGUCGGAAAUUCAUUGUGAAGACAUAACCAAAAAUGCAAAAAGUGGUCUGGUUAUUGUUGGAUUGGUGCUUUUACUACUUUGUGUCGUAGGUUUGACGACUACGGUCUGUGUUGCGAAUGAGUGGCAUUUCAAGAUCUACAGUUGGCUACCGACUGAAGACAAACUCACUCCAUCCGAGAAGCGAAGGGAACGGAAGAAAAAACAUAAAGAGGAACAACGCGAAAAGAUGGAAAAAUUCAAAGAAAAAUACGGUUUGAAGGGACCCACAAGUAUUCCUUGAUAUCAUCGAUUUUCACGCCCGCAAUCGAAGUCUUUAGACUCUUAAUGUGUUAUGUGUUGUUUGAGAUGGUGACAAGGAGUCUCUGAUAUCAAUACAAACUUCUUUUUACUAGUGUGCCUCGUCGCGUCAUAAUUAAAAUACAAUCCUCUCCCUUCUUUUAGGGUAUUAGCUUCUCUUCCUGUAGUUUAAGUAAUGGUUCGUGUAAGAACUACGGUACCCUGCGGCAACGCAUGCGCAGAAGUAGCUAUAAAACUUCAGUAAAAUUCUGCCCUCUGAUUGGCUAAAAUACAUCUUCGGGUGUUUUCCGUAUCUUAUCCAUUGAUUGACAAACAUUUAAAUUAAGAAUAAAACAAAGGUUGCAUUGUUACGACUUAUCCCCGAGUUUUGUCCGAAUCGUAUGUUCGGAAGUUACAUUUCCGACCUAGCGCUCACGUCGCCAUUUUGAAUUCUACAUGCUUCCUCCUCGAUAUAUUAAGACAAGUCUCUCGCUAUUCAUUAUCUCUUCGAAAAUAGUUUGAAAAUCUAUUGUAUAUACUUUAAAGAAACGCUUCUGAGUUCUGUUUGCUUGCAAACUUUGUCCGAGAAGUUAGAAAAGCUUGGUAUGGUGUUCAAAAGGCAGGCAUGUUGCUGCCCAAACCACGAGGCUUGGUGUGGCAGUAAGCCUUCAGAUGUGGAACAGAGGUCCUUGAGGGCUGGUCUAGAAGCAUUUGUACAUACUGCCGACAGCGAGUCGAUUUGGAGCUUGGAAACAAACGCAUGAAAACUUCACACGAGGUGAGAAAAAUGAUCUUUCUCAAAGUCAAUGUUCUGUCGCUUGCCGUAUAGAUUCUGCUGAUUCUGUACUGUCUUGACCAGUCUUGAUCCUCCUUUUCAAUUUGUUAUUUAUUUCGAAAAUCAAAAUUGCAGAGCUGUAGAGAUGAAACUGCCUCAAGUUCCAGCGUGUUUUUCCAACCGGAAACCUCUGAGACCAGCGCUGCUGCUGAAGCCGCGUUAGAACCAUUCCAGGUAAAAAAUUCAUAGGUCAAUAAGUACUUGAGAGACAAAUAAUUGGUUCAGAAGGGAACGAAAUAUUUUACUCGUUCUAUUUUACUAAAGAGUUUUAUUACGGGAAGUUGUCAUUUGAGUUUACGAUGUGAAUAUGUAAAUAUGAGUUAUUUGAGCCUGAUUUAUAAGCUGGGUGAAAUGUAAAUACCAACAAGCCCGAAUGUAUUCCUUGAAUGUAGCGAAACAUCCUAGGGUUUGACACCCUGAAAUUUAGGUACAGCAAACUCCCGUCUAAGUGAAAGAAUUGUAAGCAACAAUGUCUUUCUUCAUUUUCAUUAGCUGACAGCCCUUGUAACACUGUUUUUAGUUCCUGACGUGUCUGCUUCUGAGGGAGUUGACUGUAGUUGCCUUGUAUUUUUUAUAAGUUCUGAUAUUCAAGAAAUGAAGUUGAGAAGGAAUCUUAAGUUUGUGUGUACUUUUUUUACAGGACAUUGAGGAAACCUCUGCACUAGGGCAAAUUUUGCCGUCAUCAGUUGAUGCUGUACGACUCAUGAAAGCACCAACUAAACAAAGGGACAUAGAACUAAAGGACAUAGAACGAUGCAUUGAAGUAGAAGAUACAUAGUAGGCCAUGAGGACUCACUAUGUAUCGAAGACGGAGACCCCGAUUAUAAGCUGGACACUCUCGACUUCAUCAAUGAGCUUAUGGAAUAAACCUUGCUUGCGGCUUGUUUUAAGAAAAUAUUGUGUGUUCUGUCUGUGUCGAUGAAAUAAUAAUUAGAGGGCUGCUACUACUGUGAAUUCCAGUAAACUUUAUUGCUGUGGCUUGUAUGCGAUAAUAGUUGUAUUGAGGAUCGAAUAAAGCAAAAUUGGUAACUUUA